AUGAGCGAUUGCUCGUGUACAUUUCCUGUAACAGGAACAUGGGAGACCAGCGACCAUGGACUAAUCACUUUUUCAAAUACCGCAAUCAACGACUUUCCUACCAGCUCCUUUGGGACUUCAGUGUACACGUGUGAAACAAACAUUGGAGAUAAAUACAUGGCAAAAUCGCCGGAGUUCAGUUUGCAUGGGGUGAACUUUCAAUCAUACAUUUGCCUGCGAUUCAUCUAUGUAACAGUGAAUAAAUAUCAGUAUUACAUGGCGACCGACAAAAAUCCGAGUGCUUCAAAUGAAAGACUGAAAUCAGCUGCAUCAAUUGAUCCUCUUCAAUUCACAGAGGCCUGUGACAGGACUGUGUUUGAAAUCGGCUCUCAUAGUAUGAUGCUGAAAACAGGAAGCGCAUUGUCCGAAUUAGUUGAAUGUCCAUCAGAGACUCUGGGAAAUUGGAGCUACACAUACUCUGAUGUCAAUGGUGUUAGUAUUUGCAAUGCAAAUUCUUCUCUCGAUGUAUGUAGCCAAAACAGUACCUUCUCCUUUGAUAACACGCAGUGUUCACAGGACAUAAUGCAUUCAACUGAUGGGAUUUUAUAUUGCCUAUUUUCCAUACAAACCACGCCCUCUUCAUACUACAUAACGAUGUAUAAUGCCGACACUACAACAAAUGAGAACUCUACCUUCCGUUUUUCCUGUAUUUACACAGAAUUAGAAUCAGACAUGAUUCGUUCAACACAGUAUCCUAGGCACUGUAAUUCGUCACCAGCAGCCUCAUUAUCACUUUCUUUCCGAAAUUCAUGUGGUGGAUCAACGCAACUUCCAUCAACGGUAUCCACUCUCAUUUCAACCAAUCAGAUGACGUCUUCCAAGUCCACCAAUUCAAACGAUGUUUACAUUAUAGUAGGUAUUCUAUUAUUUGUUCUACUGUUGGUAAUCGUGGGAGCUGCAGUUUAUCUUAUAUGGAAAUCCUACCAAAGAAAAAUAAGCGAAAGAAAACCGGCGCCAGAUCCUAAGUUUGUUCAUGGUGAAAUUCGAAAUCGACGACUCAAUGUCCAUUUUGAAGGUGCCUUACCAACAGAAAUUAAUGUGACGUCAGAAGUGUUCCCAAAGACAGCAGAAAAUGACGUUAGUCUUGCAACGGCAAUAUCGGAGUUGGAGGAUGCCUCAAAACCGUCAAGUUUAACAUCUUUACUUAUUAGUGUUCCGAAAAAUCACAAUAAGGAAAAUUUUACUGAUAAUGACAGCAUUGGUGACAAAGAAUCCAACAUGGAAGACAAUGAAUCUGAACUUCCUUCACAAACAAUCGGAUUUAACAGUAUAGGUGUAGACACUAGAAGUCUGAAAAGAUCGAAGAAAAAGAAAAGAGGAUCGAAAAAAACAUAUCGGCAAAAAUUCCGGUUGAGGCGCUCCAGGAGCUCUGUCGCAGAUACCUCGUCAACGUUUAGAGUUUCAAAAGACGAUUUCCAAAACUCUAAAGGAAAAACAAAAUCUUUAAUAACACAAGGAACAAAAACUGUAGUCCUUGGAAUACAACCUGGAAGUACACGGAAAGAAACAACCAAAGGCAAUGUCGACAGGUCUCUUCUGCUGGGAAAGAUCAAAGAAAGCGCAAACAAACAAGAUGAAAAUAAGGACAAAAGACCGAGAACUAAAGGCAUGAGGCCAGAAAGAAAGCACUGGAGAGCACCCGACCUGAGGAAAAUGCUGAAUCCAAAGCUGGAGAAGAGUGUGUCUACCAAAAAGCUUCCUGAUGAAAAUAAAACGGAAACGGCAUCAACGGACGAGGAGCGGCAAUAUCCCACAAUUCACUUCGCCUCGUACUACGAAGGCAAAUCACUUUCCCCGUCUUGGUAA